ACUCUGGAGGACACAGAAGAUUAUCUUCCAUACAUCAUACAUAGGUGAUCGGUUCUGUCUACUGAUCGAUACCAUGACCCGGAGUCCCGAAGGUUUCACUGUGAUCUGUCUGUACCUGUCCCUGGCUUCAGGUUUGGUGUCACUCAACAAUGGUAAGGAAAUUUAUUUGGGAGACACGGUGACCUUAUCCUGUCAGGAGGGAUGUAAUAAAUCAGUGACCAGAGACGACAUAACGCAGAUUAUUUGGGGAAAAAACAACAAUUCUCACAUUCUGCGGUUCGCUACAACACUAAAACCGAAUGAGACAGCGUCCAACUUCUCAGAGCCCAGAUACUCCUUCCAGGAUCCGACCAACCUCCGGAUAACGGACGCCCAGCCCAGCGACUCCGGGAAUUACUCCUGUGAUUUAUCAACAAGCAUCGGAAACUGUCAGAACAUUUUAUCUCUUCAUGUAUCAGAAAAACCUUCCACCAUUCCCGGCUCUUGGAGCUACUGGCGAUGGAUAAUUGUUUCUUCUGUAUUUGUCAUCAUCUGUGCAGCUGGGAGUGAAUCAAGAAUAGAAAAAGCCGCACACCCCGAGAUCAACAGGCAGCAGCUACAGAGCCCUGAUAUUCCUCCACGCCUUUAUCCAGGCCUCCUGCUGCCACCUGUUUUUCUCAAGACCCCGAAUCUUCCCAACCUCACCCAGAAUAUCCUGCACCACCACAUCGACAGGGAGGAUUUUACUCCGCAAGGAUACCUGACACCGUGCACUCCAUGUGAAAAAACGGACUACUAG